UGAAAAUUAUUCGCUAAGCGUUUAAAGAAACUCUACCAAACGACCUUUUUGCUGUAAUACGCAAAACCAAGCAUCCGUCUCCACACAUUGACAGUCACUUAUCAAAACACGUAGCGCAACGAUGAGCUACUUACGUACCAUUAGAACGAUUGGCCACACGAGCGCCUUUGCGCGCCAUCCACACCGAACGGUGGUGGCACGCAGCACCAUCACACCCGGCCACUUCCAGAUCGUCAGCCAGCGACACUUUUCCUACGAGGCCACCGUCACCGGCUUCUGGCAGACGCUCUCCCAGAGUGCCCCGGUUGCGUACGUCCAGCAGGGGAUGAUCAAUCUGCACGACCUCACCGGACUACCCUGGUGGGCGACGGUCAUCCUCACGACAGUGGGUCUCCGUACGCUCGUCACCCUACCGCUGGCUGUGUACCAGAACAAAAUACUGGCCCGGCUCGAGCAAAUCUCGCUCGAAAUGCCGGAGCUGAUCAAAGAGCUAAAGGCCGAAACGGCAUACGCGAUGAAAAAGUUCAACUGGACGGAGAAGGAAGCCCGCAUCAUGUACAAUCACUCGCUAAAGAAGCAGUGGAACAACCUCAUAGUGAGGGAAAACUGUCAUCCGGCCAAAACGAUGGUGCUGCUGUGGGGUCAGAUUCCGCUGUGGAUUGUGCAGUCGGUCGCGAUACGCAAUCUCGUCUCGAUGCUGCCCGAUCCGACCGCCAUCGAGGCACAGAUCGCGUACACCGAGCUUACGCUGGGCGGCUUUGGCUGGAUACCGAACCUUACCGAGCUGGACCAUUCGCUGAUUUUCCCCGUUGCGCUGGGCGUCAUCAAUUUGAGCAUUAUUGAGAUUCAAGCCGCCUCCCGGACGAAGCUGCCCUCCAAGCUACAAACCAUCUUCACUAACCUCUUCCGAGGGUUAAGCAUCCUAAUGGUACCGAUUGCUGCAUCCGUUCCAUCGUGUCUUUGCCUCUACUGGGUUACCUCGAGUGCGUACGGAUUGGGGCAAAACCUGCUGCUCUUAUCGCCCCGGGUGCGUCGCGCCGUGGGCAUUCCCGCCGUCCCUUCCGAGCUGACUCAUCCUUAUCAGCACAUACGCAGCACGUUUGCGGCAAAGCUGGGCGCACUAUCUGGCCGCCUCGGUCCCAACAAUCAGCAUCCUCCUCCGAGCACGAAAGCGUAAGCGAACCGUUCGUUCGGACAAUAAAGUUAGUCAGUAGUGCAGGGUA